GGAAGGGGCCCCGGCGCCCGAUGAAGUCCCCCCGGGAUCGCGGACGGGGCGCUGUCCUCGGGGGGCCGUCGGGGGGUCCCCGACAUCCAUGGCAAAGCGGGGCCCGAGGCUACUGGCUCAGACCCCGCUGGACUCGGCCCUAGGGAACGGCGGCGAUGGGAGCGCCCCGGAUCUCGCACAGCCUCGCCUUGCUCCUCUGCUGCUCCGUGCUCAGCUCCGUCUACGCACUGGUAGAUGCCGAUGAUGUCAUAACCAAGGAGGAGCAGAUCAUCCUUCUGCGCAAUGCCCAGGCCCAGUGCGAGCAGCGCGUGAAGGAGGUCCUCAGGGUCUCUGAACUUGCAGAAUCAGCCAAAGACUGGAUGUCAAGGCCGGGAAAGACAAAGAAGGAGAAACCUGCAGAAAAACUUUAUUCCCAGGCAGAGGAGACUGGGGAAGUUGCUGACGGGAGCCGGCUCCAGGAUGACUUCUGCCUGCCUGAGUGGGACAACAUUCUGUGCUGGCCUGCGGGAGUGCCGGGCAAGGUGGUGGCAGUGCCCUGCCCCGACUACAUCUACGACUUCAACCACAAAGGCCGAGCCUAUCGGCGUUGUGACAGCAAUGGCAGCUGGGAGCUGGUUCCUGGGAACAACCGGACAUGGGCGAAUUACAGCGAGUGUGUCAAGUUUCUGACCAACGAGACUCGGGAACGGGAAGUCUUCGAUCGCCUUGGAAUGAUCUACACUGUGGGCUACUCCAUCUCUCUGGGCUCCCUCACCGUGGCUGUGCUGAUCCUGGGUUACUUCAGGAGACUCCAUUGCACCCGAAACUACAUUCACAUGCACCUCUUCGUGUCCUUCAUGCUCCGGGCCGUGAGCAUCUUCAUCAAGGACGCCGUGCUCUACUCGGGGGUCUCCCCAGAUGAGAUCGAGCGCAUCACGGAGGAGGAGCUGAGGGCCUUCACGGAGCCUCCCCCUGCUGAUAAGGCGGGUUUUGUGGGCUGCAGAGUGGCGGUGACCGUCUUCCUUUACUUCCUGACCACCAACUACUACUGGAUCCUGGUGGAAGGCCUGUACCUUCAUAGCCUCAUCUUCAUGGCUUUUUUCUCUGAGAAAAAAUAUCUCUGGGGUUUCACAUUAUUCGGCUGGGGCCUCCCUGCCGUGUUUGUUGCUGUGUGGGUGACCGUGAGGGCCACACUGGCCAACACCGAGUGCUGGGACCUGAGUUCGGGGAAUAAGAAAUGGAUCAUACAGGUGCCCAUCCUGGCAGCUAUUGUGGUGAACUUUAUUCUUUUUAUCAAUAUAAUCAGAGUGCUGGCUACUAAACUUCGGGAGACCAAUGCAGGGAGAUGUGACACAAGGCAACAGUACAGAAAGCUGCUGAAGUCCACACUAGUGCUCAUGCCGCUAUUUGGGGUGCACUACAUCGUCUUCAUGGCCACGCCAUACACAGAAGUAUCAGGGAUUCUUUGGCAAAUCCAAAUGCACUAUGAAAUGCUCUUCAAUUCAUUCCAGGGAUUUUUCGUUGCCAUAAUAUACUGUUUCUGCAAUGGAGAGGUACAAGCAGAGAUCAAGAAGUCAUGGAGCCGAUGGACCCUGGCCUUGGACUUCAAGCGGAAGGCCCGGAGUGGCAGCAGCACCUACAGCUAUGGCCCCAUGGUGUCACACACAAGUGUCACCAAUGUGGGACCCCGAGGGGGGCUGGCCUUGUCCCUCAGCCCUCGACUAGCUCCUGGGACUGGAGCCAGUGCCAAUGGCCCACCAUUGCCUGGCUAUGUGAAGCAUGGCUCCAUUUCUGAGAACUCAUUGCCUUCAUCUGGCCCAGAGCCUGGCACCAAGGAUGACGGGUAUCUCAAUGGCUCUGGAAUCUAUGAGCCAAUGGUUGGGGAACAACCCCCUCCACUCUUGGAGGAGGAGAGGGAAACAGUCAUGUGACCUAUACUCCCCUACCUAUCCAGGGGGCAGAGACACUGGGCUUGAGCCUGAACUCUGAGGCCUGCCCCCACCCUUGUACUCAGGCCAGGUCCCACCCCAGGAGCCCUGGGGACCCCACAUUCCCAGUGCAAGCCAAACCAGAGGUCCCUCUGACUGAGCCUGGGAUCAUGGAGAUGCUCCCAGGCCUGGUCAGUACACAGGUUCAAGGGACCAUGGCGGCCUUCUCAGGACCAGAUAACGGAGCUGGGGUCACCCAGGGGAUGGACAGACACUCCGUUGAGGGGAGGGAAGCUGUGGAGGUCAGGGAGGAAAAAAUACCAAGAAGGAAAAAAAGAGAAAAAAAGGAAAAGAAAGGAAAAGAAAAAAUAUUGAGUGGCUAUGUGUUUGUUUUGAGCUAAGUGAUUGGGGGAAAGGGGCAUCUUGUGGAUGGGUCCUCCUGUCACCCAAGCCAGAACAUACUAGUGAAAGAAAGGUAUUCUGGGAGGACUGGAAGAAAUCCUGACCCUGGGGACAGAAGCUGAAGAUAGAGGUCUAGUCUCCAAAAAUAUCAACCUUCAGGUCCUUCAUCAGAUCUGGGAAACCUUGGGGGAGAAGAUCUGAGCUUCUUCCAGAGGGAAGUUCACAAUAAUUGCCAAUCCACAAGAAACAUUGAUUCCCAGACAGGAUCCAACAUGUCCUCACUUUUGCAUCUUUCAUGAGCUCAGGAUGGCAGAACCCAUUAUAUGUUGAUUGGAUUCGAUUUGACAAAAGUAUAUUAAAUGCCUACCACAUGCAGAGGC